CACGACUGGCCAAAGAAGCAGAGCGCACACCGAUCGUCAGCAUCCACCAAAUGGUCGGUAUCUAGUGACUUUACCGUCGCUUUUCGGAUAGUUUGAGUCGCGUUCAUGUGUAUGAAUAAACGACAGUUUGGCUGUAUCACAUUUAACCAAACCAGUUGAAGGGGAAUUUCCAGCAUUGCGGCUGUUUUCAAUACUUUAAAAAGCGUAUUUCCGUUCUUCAUUUCGAGACCUCCUGCCUGCCGCUGAGUGUCAUGUGAUCUGAGACCGCUGGAGUGGAGUGGAGUGAGUCCGCGGAGGUUGGAGACCCCAUCAGUGUUGAGUAUGAACGCGCGUUCUCUUCAGUGUGGGUGGAGAUGACUCCAUCAGCACCAAUAGGAAUACAUCAAUGUUCUCUUCAGGAAGUAAAUGUGGAUUAGGAAUGGGAGACUUUUGAGCAACUGUUUGUCUGGAUUCUAACCAGCCCGUGUAGCGUGAGGUGGCUCAGAGUCUGGUCACAGCUCAUCCUCCUGUUAGGGCUGCCUGGGGGCUAAACGCCUGGCUGAGGUUGAUGCUUGGCUGGGCAGGCCUCUGGUGUUGGGUUGCUGGGGUGAUGGUUGCCGUGUGACCCUCACCAUGCCGAUUGAUGCCUCCUCUGUGCUCUACAUCCUGCUGGAGCUCCUGAUCGCCCUGUUCUCUGUGCUGGGCAACCUGCUGGUCUGCUGGGCCGUGGCGCUCAACAGCAACCUGCAGAGCAUCACCAACUUCUUCGUGGUGUCGCUGGCGGUGGCGGACAUAGCGGUGGGCGUCCUGGCCAUCCCCUUCUCCAUCGCCAUCAGCACGGGCUUCUGUUCCAACUUCUACGCCUGCCUGUUCAUCGUGUGCUUCGUGCUCGUGCUCACACAGAGCUCCAUCUUCAGCCUCCUGGCCAUCGCUAUCGACCGCUACAUCGCCAUCAAGAUCCCACUCAGGUACAACAGCCUGGUGACGGGGCAGCGCGCCAAAGGCAUCAUCGCCGUGUGCUGGGUCCUCUCGGUGGUCAUUGGCCUCACGCCAAUGCUGGGUUGGCACAAAGUGAACUCCGAGAUGGCCGCCAACUCCAGCUGCUCGGAAGGCAUGAUGCACUGCCUGUUUGAGGAGGUGGUGGUGAUGGACUACAUGGUCUACUUCAACUUCUUUGCCUGUGUGCUGGUGCCCCUGCUCCUCAUGCUGGGCAUUUACUUGUGCAUCUUCAUGGCGGCCCGGCGCCAGCUCAAGUGCAUCGAGCAGAAGGCGGUUUCGUGCGAGCACAGGUCUCGCUCCACGCUGCAGAGGGAGGUCCAGGCGGCCAAGUCUUUGGCCAUCAUCGUGGGUCUGUUUGCCGUAUGUUGGCUCCCGCUGCACAUCAUCAACUGCUUCACGCUGUUCUGCCCGCAGUGCGCGCACGCCCCCGACCUUGUCAUGUACAUCGCCAUCCUCCUCUCCCACGCCAACUCGGUGAUCAACCCCUUCAUCUACGCCUACCGCAUACGGGAGUUCCGCCACACCUUCCGCCGGAUCGUCCGCCACCACGUCCUGGGCUGCUGCGAGCCUCUGCCGAGCAUGAGCGGUGGCAGCACACGGGCGUCGACCCGCACCAGUGUCGCUGACACCUGCAGCCUGAAAGUCAACGGCCGUGACCUCUACGUGGAGGGCAGCAGCAGCAGCAGCAGCUGUGAAAGCACUGAGCCAGCAGAGGGUGCUAGACCUGACCCAGACCAGCCCUGGACAGAGCUCGGCCCACACUGGCCUCCCCUCAUGGCCCCUGCCAGCGGAGCUACACAAGCCAGCAUGUUGCUGCAGUCCAGGAACAGCAGACAGGGCGGCGCUCUUCCCCCCACUCAGGGCAUCCUCCAGCUCCACCCCUACACCUAACCAUAACCCUGACCUGAAUAGGGACCGCAGACCAAGGCAGACAUCUAAUAACAUCUGGUUAGUCGAUGAGCAUUUGUAGCUCCUGUCAGUGCGGUGUUUGCAGCUCCGCCAAAACACAGACGGACCUCCGUUGACUGGUUUGGAGCCAGUGGGAAACGGCUUGCUCUAACUGGCCGUCUAGCUUGCCUAUUGUUCCUGAGAAGCACAGAGUAAUCACCCAAUAUUCCUGUAAGCAGAUACAAUCCUGGUAGUGUUUUGCCUGGAUGACUGGAUCUAUUGACACUCUUACACCUUUUUUCCCCUCAGCUUCCACAACCAAAAGACUCAUGAUUGAUAAUGCCCGUCAUUUGCAACUUACAGUAUGUUGUUAUUAUCAAACACAUUCUUGAUUAGAAGUAUAUGAUGCACUGCCUUUAGUGAGCAAGAAUAGUGUGGAAAUUGUAAGCUAGAACUGCUAUGUUUACGUUUUAAUGUAGGCAAUGUGCUAGUUGACAGUGGGCAGUCAUCACCGUAUGCAUAGUAGUGCAACUUCGUUCCUCCCACACAAGCAAUACAACGUGACCCAACGAGACUCAACAGACUGUCGGCAUCACAAUGAGCUGUAUUUUGGGCACCAGCGCAUGGUGUAAAGUUCGUUUUCCACCCGCGCAAAGUUUAAUUCGGU